GUGACUGGUUCAAGCGCAGGCCCAUCAAGGAAGCCCUUUCUUCUGCUGCUUUCCCUUUGCCAGGGAACCGGCUUUGUGUGACUCAGAGGUGAAGGCUGAGGUUCCCUCUUCUCUCCAGAGAGUCCCUCCCAGCCCCCAGCCUUUAUCUCACGUGCUGUGCAAGCUAUUUGCAGAGAGCCGGUAUAAAGAGGCUGGCAGGCUGGUGCCUGAGGGAGCAAGACAGGGCACAAAACCAGCCUCUGCCCAACUUGUGUGCCAGCUACCUCUAAGCAGCAUGGGGAAGGACCAGUUUGCUGUGGGACCGAGGAUCUUGCUCCUUCUCUUGUUCCUGAUUCCUGGAGAGGCUUCAACAUCAACCCCAGAACCCCAAUACCUGGUGUUGGUACCGUUUCUGAUCCAUGCUGAGACCUCUGAGAAGAUCUGUGUCCAUCUGAGCCACUUGAAUGAAUCUGUGUCUCUAAGCAUCACUUUGGAAUAUGAAGGACAGAACAGGAGCCUGAUCGAUAACGUGCUGGCCGAGAAGGACUUCUUUGGGUGCAUCCCAUUCACAGUUCCCAGGUGGAAUGGUUCAUCUGUAGUGCUCCUCAGAGUGGUGGUGAAAGGGCCAACACACACAUUUAGAAGCCAAAAAACGGUGCUGGUCAAGAACCUGGAGAGCCUGGCCUUUGUCCAGACUGACAAACCCAUCUACAAGCCAGGGCAGAAAGUUCUGUUUAGAAUAAUCUCUCUGAAUGAAGAUUUCCUUCCUCUGAAUGAGAAGUUUCCUUUGGUUUACAUCGAGGACCCCCACAGAAACCGUUUAAUUCAGUGGCAAGAUGUCCAGCUGCAGAACGGCUUCACCCGGCUCUCCUUUCCUCUCACUUUUGAGCCUGCUCUGGGUACCUACAAGGUGGUGGUACAGAAACGUUCUGGAAACAACAUAGAACACCGAUUUGAAGUAAAGGAAUAUGUGCUGCCCAAAUAUGAGGUCUCUGUGAAGGUGCCCAGGAUCAUAACAAUUAACAAUGAGGAACUAAAAGUGACUGCCUGUGGAACGUAUACCUAUGGGAAGCCAGUCCCUGGCCUGAUGAAGGUUGGGGUCUGCCGGAAAUAUGCUGAAAGCAGAUCCUACUGUAAUGUAAGAAUGUCAGAGGCUAUAUGUGAAGAAUUCAGCGGUGAGACAGAUGCACAUGGAUGUCUCACUCGGGUAGUGAAAACAAACAUAUUUCAGUUGAAGAGGAAAGGAUACGACAUGAGCAUCCGGGUGACUGCCGAGCUCAUAGAAGAAGGCACAGGGCUGGAGUUAACAGGCACGGGUUCCACUGGGAUUACCUCCACUCUCAGCAAAGUUACUAUUGAAGAACUGGAUUCUUAUUACAAGCCUGGGCUCCCCCUUUUUGUGACGGUGAAACUGGUGGAUGGCAUUGGUGUGCCAAUGGCCAAUGAAACAAUCCAGAUUCGUAUUGCGAUGCCUCCGUACAGUGCCAGCUACGAAACUGAUGGCCAGGGGAAAGCACGGUUUUUCAUCAACACUGACAAUUUCACAGAACAGAGUAUUCAAGUAGAGGCACUUUAUAAAUCGCCAGAAUACUGUUACGAUAUGAACUGGGUCACGCCUUCUCAUCAAAGUGCAACUAAAACAACAAAUUAUCGCUAUUCACCAAGUAAAAGCUACAUCCAUAUUGAUUCUGUUCCUGAGACCUUAAGUUGUGGGCAUAUUCAGCCAGUCAAAGUAUAUUACAUCUUAAAUCUGGAUGCUGUAGCAGAGAAGAUUCACUUCUAUUAUUUGGUGAUGGCCAAGGGAGGUAUUGUGGAAUCUGGGAUCCAUCCGGAGCCUGUGGGGAAUGGAAAAGCCAAAGGAAUGUUUCUUCUGGAUCUCUCUGUGGACAUCAAAACUGCUCCUGUAUUGAACUUGUUUCUAUAUGUCAUUCUGCCCAGUGGAGAACUUGUUGCUGACACUAUAGAAUUUGCUGUUGAAAACUGCUUUUCAAAUAAGGUGAAAUUGUCGUUUUCGGCUGCCGAAGGCCUGCCCAACAGCAAGACACAGCUCCAUCUUGCGGCCUACAAAGAUUCCCUUUGCGCUAUCCGUGCUGUCGAUAAGAGUGUUCUCGUUCUGAAACCUGAAGCUGAGCUCUCACCUCGUACUGUCUAUAAUUUGCUUCCUGUGAAGAACCUUAGAGGCUAUUCCUACCAGAACCACCGUUUGGAUGAACAAAACAUUGAGCAGUGUGUGACUCCCAAAAAUAUUAUUGUGGAUGGCAUUUACUACAGGCCUUUUUCACACAGUAAAGGUGACCCCUAUGAACUCAUGAAGGACUUUGGCCUUAAAGUUUUUACUAACAUCAAGAUCCGUUGGCCUGAGCUCUGUCAUACACAUUCAUAUGGAGGUGGAGUCGCACAUUUUCCAACUACAGGAAUAAGCUAUGGAGAAGAUGCAGUAUAUCCCAUGGUAGCGGCAGGAGUACCUAUAGCCCGAUAUGACGUAGGAGUGUCUACAGUGCCAUCUCCUGUGCCAAAAGAAGUUGCAAAGCCCGCCAGAACCUUUUUCCCAGAGACAUGGCUUUGGUUGGAAACCUCAAUCAAUUCUGACGGACAGGCGGACGUGCCCGUGACCAUUCCAGACACCAUCACAGAGUGGAACGCAGGUGCCUUCUGUACAUCGGCGGAGGCAGGCUUCGGCCUCUCCCAGACUGCCUCCAUCAAGACCUUCCAACCCUUCUUCCUGGAACUCACCUUGCCUUACUCGGUUGUGCGGGGUGAAGCCUUUGUCCUGAAGGCCACAGUCUUCACCUAUCUCCAGCACUGCAUCAGAGUGGCCAUAUCCUUGGCUCCCUCUGUGGACUUUGUGGCUUCCCCGCUGGAGAAUGAGGAAGAAUCUUACUGUCUGUGUAUGAAUGAAAGGCAAACGGUGUCCUGGACAGUUACACCAAAAUCUUUGGGUGAAGUGAAUGUUACAGUGAGUGCUGAGUCGAUAAAAUCUGAAAAGCUGUGUGGGAACGAAAUAGUGAAGAUCCCCAGCGAAGGACAAACAGACACUGUGAUCAAGUCACUUUUAGUUGAGCCUGAAGGAGUCGAGAACGAGGUGGUCUUCAACAGCGUGAUCUGUGGAACUGGAGACUCAGAAGCACCUGUUUCCUUGACGGUUCCAGAAAAUGUGGUUGAGGGCUCAGCCAGGGCCUAUUUCUGUGUGCUUGGUGAUAUCCUGGGCACAGCCUUACAGAACUUGCAGCAGCUGCUCCGACUUCCCUAUGGAUGUGGAGAGCAGAACAUGGUCCUCUUUGCACCCAACAUCUACAUCCUGGACUAUCUGAACAAGACGGAGCAACUGACUGAGGAGACCAGAUCCAAGGCCAUUGGCUACCUGGUCGCUGGCUACCAGCGGCAGCUAAACUACAAGCACCCCGACGGCUCUUAUAGCACGUUUGGUCCACAUUACAAUGAGCCAGGAAACACGUGGCUGACCGCUUUUGUGCUCAAGUCCUUUGCACAGGCCCGUCCCUACAUCUUUGUUGAAGACAAGCACAUCACAGAUGCUCAGACCUCCUUGGCUUCCAGGCAGAAGGAGAACGGCUGCUUCCUACGCUCUGGAUCCCUCCUGAACAACGCCAUCAAGGGCGGGGUUGAUGAUGAAGUCACUCUGUCUGCUUAUAUCGCCAUCGCUCUGCUGGAGAUUCCUUUGCCCGUCUCUCACCCUGUUGUGCGCAAUGCUCUCUUUUGCUUGGAGACUGCGGCCCAGGCAGAAGACAUCCACGUCUACACCCGGGCUCUGUUGGCCUAUGCCUUUGCCUUGGCAGGGAAAGAGGAGAAGAAGAAAGAGAUGCUGUCCUCCCUUGAGGAGGCAGCUGUAAAAGAAGGAGAUGGCUCCAUGCAUUGGCAGAGGCCUGGCAGACAACAGGAGGAGCACCAUGGGCAAUUCUUUCAUCUCCGGGCUCCCUCUGCAGAGGUAGAGAUGACGGCUUACGUGCUCCUUGCUCACCUCACCAAAGGGCCAGUGCUAUCCAGGGAGGCUCUGACAACAGCAUCCAAGAUUGUCAAAUGGCUCAGCAGGCAGCAGAAUCCCACAGGGGGGUUCUCAUCUACCCAGGACACCGUGGUUGCCCUGCAGGCCCUCUCCCUGUAUGGGGCUUCCACCUACUCCAAGACUGAUGCACAAGCAGAAGCAAAACUGCUCUCUGGGAAGGAAGUCCAGCACCAGUUUCAGGUGGACAAACACAACCGCUUGCUGCUUCAGUGCGGAGCCGUGGCCAAAGUGCCAGGAGACUACAGCGUGCAAGUGACGGGAGAAGGGUGUGUCUACGCGCAGACCACCUUGAAAUACAAUGUGCAGCCCCGCCACGAGGGAGAAACUUUCGCACUGGAGGUGCACACAGUUCCUGAGACGUGUACAGGACCUAAAGCCAACGUAGUGUUUGAUGUGGCUAUCAAUGUCAGCUACACCGGCAAGCGCCCAUCCUCUAACAUGGCAAUCGUUGAUGUUAAGAUGCUGUCAGGAUUCAUUCCAGUGAAAUCAUCAGUGAGAAAACUAGAAAGGCAAAACCAGGUCAAGCGGACAGAAGUGAGCAUCAAUCACGUCCUACUGUACUUGGAACAGAUGAGCAAUGUGACUCAGAGCUACUCCUUCACGGUGGAGAGGGAGGCGCCCGUUCAGGACCUGAAGCCUGCCUUGGUGAAAGUCUAUGAUUACUACGAAACAGGGGACUCUGCCGUGGCUGAGUACAACGCCCCCUGCAGUACAGGUGAGAUUAAACAGAAGACUGCAUGAUGAAUGAAGAGAUCCAAAGUUCCCAUUCUGGUUCUUGUUUAAAUUUUUCUUCUAUUGGAUGAUGAAGACUACCAAAGAUAAAGAGGAAAGGCCCUUUCCCAGAUGUCUUCUGGUUGCCUGCCCCAUAUGUGUCACCAUUUUAUAAACUGACCACCGUAAGCCUCACCCAACUAGCUUUACCCAAAGAACAACCUGAAUGGCUGUGGAAAAGCAGAAGAAAUGAGAAGCGUCUGUACAAACCACACAGACUGUGCCCCUUCUAACAAUGUACCCUUUCUCAAUCUGAGAUCCGCAAUUCCGUCUGUUGGAGAUAAUAAAAAAAUACUUCCUAUUCUACA